CUCCCUCUUAUAUUGAUGGCUUACUGGUAGCUUGUUUUAGAAAGAUUUAUUAUCAGCUUAUCUUUUUCAGAUUUUAAUAUUUGUGUCAUUCUCUGUGUGUUAACCAUCCCAUCAUAAACCAGCAGUGGGCUCUAGCCAAGAGUAGGUGUACAGGAGGCAGAUGAAAGCAGCUUGGUCCCAAGGCAUGGUUUUAGCUGUCAGCUCCUGCACUGACUCUGUUCAGAGAAGGUAGGUCUGCAGACACUCAAAACCUGGAGCAGACCCAGAGACCUGUCCCUAAGAGGCUUGCAGAAGACCCUAGAGACCUAUCUUCCAGAAGUUCAGAACAGUCUUUUAUUUGCAGAGGCUUGGAGAAGACUCCAGAGACCUGUCCAGAGAUUUGGAGCAGACCGCAGAGACCCAUCCAGAGGUGUGGAGCAGACCCCAGAGACUCAUCCCCCAGAGGUGCAGAGCAGUCUUUUAUUUGCAAAGACAAUAGCAAAGGCUUCCAGGAUAAGUAUGUACACAUAAAAAUCAAAGGAGAAGGACCUCUAACCUGAUCAUGGAUUUCAGAGGAAGAUUAUUCAGCACACAAAACGGAAAAUAAGACUGUGACCAGUUCUCUGCAAUGAUGCCUCUUUGCCAUGAUGCCAUUAAUAUUACCUGCAUGAACAGCAGUUGGUCAAGUGACAUCCGUGCCUCCCUCUACAGCUUAAUGGUGCUGAUAAUUCUGACCACUCUGGUUGGCAAUCUGUUAGUAAUAAUUUCCAUAUCCCAUUUCAAGCAACUUCAUACCCCCACGAAUUGGCUCCUUCAUUCCAUGGCCACUGUGGACUUUCUGCUGGGGUGCCUGGUGAUGCCUUACAGCAUGGUGAGAACUGUUGAGCACUGCUGGUAUUUUGGAGAAAUCUUCUGUAAAGUUCACAGCAGCACUGAUAUUAUGCUGAGCUCAGCAUCCAUUUUCCAUUUGUCAUUCAUUUCCAUUGAUCGCUACUAUGCUGUGUGCGAUCCAUUGAGAUACAAAGCCAAGAUCAAUAUCUUGACUAUUUUUGUGAUGAUCUUCGUUAGUUGGAGUGUUCCUGCUGUUUUUGCAUUUGGAAUGAUCUUCCUGGGACUGAACUUUAAAGGAGCUGAAGAGAUAUAUCACAAACACGUUAACUGCUUUGGUGGCUGCUACACUUUCUUUAGCAAAGUACCUGGUGUGCUGUCCUUCAUGACUUCUUUCUAUGUGCCUGGAUCUGUUAUGUUAUUUGUCUAUUAUAGAAUAUACUUCAUAGCUAAAGGACAGGCAAAAUCAAUUAAUGCCAUAAAUCUUCAAAUUGGGUUGGAAGAAAAAAAUGGAAUGUCACGGAACAAAGAAAGGAAAGCUGAGAGGACUUUAGGGAUUGUGAUGGGUGUUUUUGUCAUUUGCUGGUGCCCUUUCUUUUUCUGCAUAGUCCUAGAUCCUUUCCUGGGUUACACGAUCCCACUCACCUUGAAUGAUGCACUGAGUUGGUUUGGGUACUUGAACUCUGCUUUCAACCCACUAGUUUAUGCAUUUUUCUAUCCCUGGUUCAGAAGAGCACUGAAGAUUAUUCUGUUUGGCCAAAUUUUCCAAAAAGAUUCAUCUAGGUGUGAGUUAUUUUUAGAAUGAAAUCCAUACAAUCAUAUUUUACUGUUUUAUAAAACAGCUGGUGAUUGCAUUUAUGAAAAUAGUGGAACAACAAUAGGCACUAAAUACACAGGCUUUUACAAUCAGUUAUUUGAGUCCAAAUAUACAUGACAAGUUCAAAUUUUGAUGUUUGCAUAUCAUGUCCUGUUUGGUACAGAAUAAAUGUGACAUUUGCUAUUCUUUCCAUAUAUGUUGAAACUUGGCAAAUCCAACAUUAAAGGCCACAUGUAAAAGACCUUUCCUUUUCCUUACAUGGCUGCCACGAGUUGCCAGUAGUGCUUUAGCUAUUCAGUGAUUGAAGUCAUAAGGCUGCAUUUAGGGAUGU